AUACUCCAUUACGUGUUUUUCUUCAAGUGAAAGUUGAGCUAUUCAAACACUGAUAUAAUAUAAUAUAUAUAUAUAUCUAUAUUCUUAUACUCGAUCUCAUCCGUUGAAGACAUCACAAUAUGAUGAAGCACAACGAGCUUGAUGAUCUGGCUGCCUCCGGUAAUGAUGAUUAUCAGGUUUCCGAUUAUGAUGAUGAUUAUUAUGAGGGGGACGAGGAGGAGGAGGAGGACGAUAAAGACUAUCAAGAUUUAGAAGCCUAUAAUGACACCAUUGUUUUUUGUGACGAUGAUGAUAUUGAUUACACUGAUAACAAUGUCGUCUCCAUUACGGCCUGGCCUCAAAGCUAUAGGCAGUCAAUGGAUUUUUAUACAAGUGUGAGUCCACCUAUUCCAAUGGGGUUUUUGUGUGGAGUGAGAACAAGCAAAAUGUCACCAAGAUAUGCUGCUAAUCAUCCACAUGAUGAUUUAUUGCUGAAUAAACCUUUACUCCUUGAUUCUACUACUCCAGUUGUUGGUUCAUCAAACCAAAAAAAAGAUUAUCAAGAAGGAAAAGUACAAGAUGGUAGCACCAUUAUUACUCCAACUUCUUCCUACUCAAACUUAAGACAUGUUGCUUCUACGGUCGACUUGCCACCAUCUAAGCAACAAUCUUCAAGCACUGCUCAAGCAUUACUCAAUGGGAUUAAUGUCCUUUGUGGCAUAGGACUGCUUACAACCCCAUAUGCCUUAAGAGAAGGAGGGUGGCUAAGUCUGAUAUUGCUUGUAGGGUUUUCUAUUAUAGCUUGUUAUACUGGCAUAUUACUACAACGUUGCUUGGAGAGCAAUCCUGGUCUCAAAACUUUCCCAGAUAUUGGCCAAGCUGCAUUUGGCCGCGCUGGUCGUCUAGCCAUAGCUAUUGUUUUGUACUUCGAGUUAUAUGGUAGUUGUGUGGAGUUUAUAACCAUGAUCAGUGACAAUAUGACAUCGGUGCUCUCAAACAACAUCUCUAUGAGUUUGGAAGGAAUAUUUGAUCUCAGCUCUCAUCAAAUCUUCGCUAUUUCAGCAACUCUAGUCAUUCUUCCAACUGUUUGGCUUAAAAAUCUUAGUCUGCUCUCAUACUUCUCGAUUGGAGGAGUAGUUUCAUCAAUAUUGGUGGCACUUUGCUUGUUGUGGACUGGUGUGGUGAACAAUGUUGGGUUUCAUGGGCGUGGACCAAUCUUAAAUAUGGCAAGUUUGUCCUCCACAAUUGGCAUAUAUGGUUAUGCUUUCUCUGGCCAUUCGGUUUUUCCAAAUAUCUAUACUUCAAUGAAAAAACCCUCAAGAUUUCCAUUUGUUUUAAUCGGCAGCUUUAUUUUCUGUAGUUUUCUCUAUAUUGGAGUUGCGGUUUGUGCUUUUCUAAUGUUUGGAGACUCAACUCAAUCUCAGUUUACUUUAAACAUGCCCAAACAAUUUGUUGCUUCUAAAAUUGCAAUUUGGACAAUGGUGGUGAAUCCAAUAACCAAGUAUGCUUUGACACUCACACCUGUGACAUUGAGUUUAGAAGAGCUUUUGCCAGAAGCAUUAAGAGAAUACUACAUUGUCUCCAUUUUUAUUAGAACAAUUUUAGUUUUGUCAACUUUGGUUGUAGCCUUGACUGUUCCAUUCUUUGCUAUUGUAAUGCAAUUACUUGGUUCUAUAUGCUCAAUGCUAGUGUCUUUUAUAAUUCCAUGUGCCUGUUAUAUCAGCCUAUUUAGAGGAAAACUAACAAAGUUUCAGAUUGCAGGUUCUGUUUUCAUCAUGAUAGUGGGAAUGAUUUGUUCUUGUCUGGGUACACACUCAGCUAUAACAGGACUCAUUCAACAGCGAGUUACUUAAAAUAAUUCUCGAUGAUUAUAAUGAGCUUGGAUAAAGUGGCUAUAAUAACAAAGAUAUGGAAGCAGUUGAUUGAACUAAGAGCCUUAUUCUAACUAUAAGGUGUAGUACUGUUUUUUUUCUAGUCAUUUUGAUCAUGUAAUAGUUUUAGCAGUACUAUAUAUAUAAUAGUUUGAUCAAAAGUUUUUCAUUAUCUUAAA